UGCUGAAAUAUCAGAGAGAAGCAGACGGGCAGGACCAGGACGUCCAACCCUCACGGGUCCCAACGCGAGCGGCGGGACAAACACCCGCGAACAGCAGGGCAGUGAACUGUGACCGCGCGUGAAGAGGAACGCGACGGUUCACCAACAAACACCGGAGAGACGACGCUCGCGCCCGCGUCCCAGCGGCCGCGCGCGCCUCCUCUCCUCCGUCUGUGAGCGCGCGGGGGCGAGCGUCAGAUUCCAAGGACAGAUCGCGGGCUCGCGAGCAUCAGGUCAUCUGGAAGUCCGCGAGCAUCACGAGCCUCGACCGACAGAUCCCGAACAACGGGACCACGAUUUGAAACGUAACCUGACACAUUGACGAGAAAAAUAGUAUUCAACGCGUGAAACGACACCACGAGGAGGCGGCGGAUCAACAGGACGGGACCGGAUCAACAGUGUCCGCUGGGUUUGCCGAUUAAACUGUGACUGAAAAACUGCAUCCAAUCGGUCCAGGACGCGACAGAAACCCGGGAUAGAAUCCUCCGGUGCGAGACGGUGAGCGACGGCACAGCGUCGUCGGAGAUUUUCACCGCUUCAACAGUUAAUUCAUCAAUUCGUCAAAACCAGAAAAAAUCCAGACCUUUAACCUGACGAAACCGAGUCACCUAGCCCACCGGGACCGAACCGGGGCAGAACCAGCAGACGGUACCCGACUGAUGGUGGGAACACCGGCAGGAAGCGUGAUUUAAAUAAAUCACAGACGGUGAAAUCAACAGGAGACCGACCGAACGACGCAGUUCUGCAACGGAAUUCAGAGCGGAUUCAGACCGAGGCAGAAAAAAUAUCGUUUUUCGUUUGGAAAACUGCAGCAGAACCAGGACCCGCUGAAAACAUGGAGCUGCGUGGCGUGCUCCUCCUCGCCGUGCUGCAGUGCUGUUCGGUGGCCCGCUGUGGCUGUGAGCCGAGGCUGGUGAACAUCGGAGCCGUCCUGAGUCAGAAACGUUACGAGCAGGUGUUCAAGGAGGCGGUGAGCCAGGCCAACACUCUGUACGGGAAGGACAAGUUCAAAAUGAACGCCAUCUCCGUCACACACAAACCCAACGCCAUCCAGAUGGCUUUGUCCGUCUGCGAGGACCUCAUCUCGAACCAGGUGUACGCAAUCCUGGUCAGUCACCCUCCUCAAUCCAACGACCACCUGACUCCGACGCCGGUUUCCUACACCGCUGGCUUCUACCGAAUCCCUGUGGUCGGCCUGACGACACGCAUGUCCAUCUACUCUGACAAGAGCAUCCACCUGUCGUUCCUGAGGACGGUGCCUCCCUACUCCCACCAGGCUCACGUCUGGUUCGACCUGAUGAGGGAGUUCAGGUGGAACCACAUCAUCCUGAUCGUUAGCGACGACCACGAGGGCCGAGCCGCCCAGAAGAGACUGGAGACCCUGCUGGAGGAGAGAGAGACCAAGACUAAAAACAGGAACUAUGAAAACCUCGACCAACAGAACUUUGACUUCAGGAGAACACCCAAGGCGGAGAAGGUGCUGCUGUUCAGCCAGGACACCAACCUGACGGCUCUGCUGCUGGAAGCCAAAGACCUGGAGGCUCGAGUCAUCAUCCUCUCUGCCAGUGAGGACGAAGCUGCAGCUGUGUAUAAAGCAGCCCGUCAGCUCAACAUGACUGGCUCUGGUUACGUUUGGCUGGUCGGAGAGAGAGAGAUGACCGGCAAAGCCCUGAGCGAAGCUCCAGAUGGCCUGCUUGGCCUCCAGCUGAUUAACGGUAAGAACGAAUCAGCUCACAUCGCGGACGCCGUGGCAGUGGUGGCUCAGUCUCUGCAGGAGCUGUUUGAGAAGGAGAACAUCACGGAGCCUCCGCGGGGCUGCGUGGGAAACACCAACAUCUGGAGGACCGGGCCGCUCUUCAAAAGGGUGCUGAUGUCAUCAAAGUACCCUGACGGUCUGACGGGACGGAUCGAGUUUAACGACGACGGCGACCGCCGGUUCGCCACUUACAGCAUCCUGAACUACCAACAGAAACCAGGUCGCCUCGUCCAGGUCGGAGUCUUCAACGGAUCACAGGUUGUGAUGAACCCUCAGAGGAAGAUCAUCUGGCCUGGAGGGGAGACAGAGAAACCAGUUGGAUACCAGAUGUCGACUAAACUGAAGAUUGUGACGAUCCAUCAGGAGCCGUUUGUUUACGUGAAGCCGACGAAAAGCGACGGGACGUGUAAAGAGGAGUACACCGUUAACGGAGUUUUAAUCAAGAAGGUGAUCUGUACGGGACCCAACGGCACCAUACCAGGUCAGCCCAUCGUCCCUCAGUGUUGCUAUGGUUUCUGCAUCGACCUGCUCAUCAAGUUGGCGAUGAGCAUGAACUUCACCUACGAGGUUCACCUGGUGGCUGAUGGGAAAUUUGGCACGCAGGAGCGAGUGAACAACAGUAACAAGAAGGAGUGGAACGGGAUGAUGGGGGAGCUGUUGGGAGGUCUCGCCGACAUGAUUGUCGCCCCCCUCACCAUCAACAAUGAGCGAGCUCAGUACAUCGAGUUCUCCAAACCGUUCAAAUACCAGGGGCUCACCAUCCUCGUGAAGAAGGAAAUCCCUCGCAGCACUCUGGAUUCAUUCAUGCAGCCGUUCCAGAGCACACUGUGGCUGUUAGUCGGUCUGUCGGUCCAUGUGGUGGCAGUGAUGCUUUACCUAUUAGACCGGUUCAGCCCGUUCGGAAGGUUUAAAGUGAACAGUGAAGAAGAAGAGGAAGAUGCCCUCACCCUGUCCUCUGCCAUGUGGUUCUCAUGGGGAGUACUGCUGAACUCUGGGAUAGGAGAAGGAGCUCCCAGGAGUUUCUCAGCAAGGAUUCUGGGUAUGGUAUGGGCAGGGUUCGCCAUGAUCAUUGUUGCAUCAUAUACUGCCAACCUGGCAGCCUUCCUGGUGCUGGACCGGCCUGAGGAGCGCAUCACUGGCAUCAAUGACCCCAGGCUGCGUAACCCUUCAGAUAAGUUCAUCUACGCCACAGUGAAGCAGAGCUCGGUGGAUAUCUACUUCAGACGGCAGGUGGAGCUGAGCACCAUGUACCGGCACAUGGAGAAACACAACUACGAGAGUGCUGCCGAGGCCAUCCAGGCCGUCAGAGACAAUAAGCUUCAUGCCUUCAUCUGGGACAGCGCUGUUUUGGAGUUCGAGGCGUCGCAAAAGUGCGAUCUGGUGACGACAGGAGAGCUUUUCUUCCGCUCAGGAUUCGGGAUUGGAAUGAGGAAAGACAGUCCAUGGAAACAGAAUGUUUCUCUGGCUAUUCUCAGUUCCCACGAGAACGGCUUCAUGGAGGAUUUGGACAAGACGUGGGUUCGAUACCAGGAGUGUGACUCCAGGAGCAACGCCCCUGCUACCCUCACCUUCGAGAACAUGGCAGGUGUGUUCAUGCUGGUUGCCGGCGGCAUCGUUGCGGGGAUCUUCCUCAUCUUCAUCGAGAUCGCCUACAAACGGCACAAAGACGCUCGAAGGAAACAGAUGCAGCUCGCCUUUGCUGCCGUGAACGUGUGGAGGAAGAACCUGCAGAGACCGGCUGAGGGUCGCUUCAAACCCCAAACGCCUCCGGGACCAUGGCUUCACCUCAGACCAGAUCUGGACUCAAACGUUUCUGCCUGUGGCUCCAUCACCGCUCCUCUCCCCCUCCCCCCCCUGCUCUUCCUCUCCCUGCCAGCUGCGGCGCGCCCUCCUCUCCCGCGGCGACUCGCCGUCUCCCCCUGCUGGUGGUCCUGCUCCUCUGCAGUCUGCUGCUGAUGCUGCUGCUGCUGCUGUGGAACUACCACUGUCUCUUCAUCUCCCACAUCUGCUCCCCACCCAGGGAGGAGGCGGAGGAGGGGGGGGGCGAGGUCGUGGUCCCCUGGAGUCGGCGGUGACGCCCUCGCCCAGACCACCUGAAACUGGUCUGAACUGGUCCGGUCCUGCAGAAACACAGCUAAUGUUCAAAUUGCUCCUGCUCCAUCAUUUCCGCUUUAGGUGACGUUUUCACACGAGACUGGUGGAAGUGCGAGAGUUGCUGUUGUGAGCGACAGGUUGACACUGAACCGCAUCUGAGCAGCAGAGGCGGAGAUCUCCUGACUUUUAGUCCAAAACCACCGGGUCCUACGAUUCCCAUGAUGCACCUGGGAGGUGUCUUUCAUUAGAGCCCCCCUGCCCGGUAAAGCGUCACAUCUUUAGACUCUGCACCUCCAGUGUUACGACUUUUAAAAGUGCAGAUUAAAAAGUACCAAAAUAAAAGCUUGAAAACGUUUCACCUGUUUGCUGAAGUUUGGUUUCACACUCACAGAAUAAAAGUUUCAUUCGCACUUAAUUUAUUAAGGUUAAAAACAGAAACGUCUGUACGAGUAUGAAACUUCACAUUCACACACAUGGACCUCAAAGUGUUUCAACUGAAUAAACAAAGCUGUGAAGGUAGAAGCUGAAUAUUGUUGAUCCACUCUUCUGCACAUCCCUCGCUUCAGUGGAAGAGAGGAAGAACCUGGAAACACUCCUCCUCACCCUCUGGACUUUUGCUCAUGUACAGUAGCUUGAGUUUGUUUUGCUGGUGGUGUUACUUUACCUUUAUUUGGAAGUGAGACCAUCGACACCGACCAAUGUUUCUGGUGACGCUUCCUUUUGUCCACCUGUAAAUGGUAGAGUGAAGUUUGCUGAGGAGAACUAAACGUGGUUUCAUCGGAUUUUAUUCAUCUUCAGCAUUAUUGGGCUUUAGAUGCUCAGAGGACAGUCGAAUAUUUCAAUGUGUACGUUUGUCUUCCUCCACACAGACACAGUAAAACAAAUAUUAACCGAUAAAUACGCUUUGUACCAGAUACGUUGAUUUCACAAGGUUUCCCAUUCAAAUCUGUUCAGCUGACUAAAGACUCUCUGGUCCCUUCCAGUUCCAUAUUACACAGGUUCAUCUUUGGUGGAAACCUCUAAGAAAUGAUGAGGAAAUUACAGAAAGUUCACUGUUGGGAGAUUUGUGUUGCAGUACACUGGUUAAUAAAUGAGCGUUUCACAGCCAAUAUAGUAAAAUGAUAAUUAUAACAAUCAGUCCAUGAGAAAUGAAUGAGCUCAUGUAGAAAUAAAAAUUCCUUUCAACGAUGAACC